UUUCCAUGCUCAAGAUUACGAAAUACUGUCUCUUUUUGCCACUCUUUGUCACUACUCUAGUAUCUCAGAGAGAGAUCCUGCAUUUGUCUCCUCAGUUCAAAGAAGCAGACGAAAAAGAAUACAAACAAUUAAAUGUAGUAUUAGUAAGCAUGCAUGCAGGCGUCCUAUUCAGGGCUAGAGAGAUGGAAUCUUUGAGGCCUUUGCAAACCCUGGCUGACUUGCAGGAUGCAUUGAGUGCAGCAAGAACAGACUACAACCACUCAUCAGCCAAGGUAGUGACCAACAAGAAACACAUCAGAAAUUCAAAGAAAAUGGCGUUCAAGUCGUCAUUUGUAGCAAAGUCAAAUCAUACAGAAAGAUCUGAACCAGUGGACACCAAGAAGCAAUUGGAAGUUGACCAAGCUGUGGCAGCAUCGAAUGACAGAGAGAGUGAAGAACGUCAUAUCCAGAUAUUUGUUUCUAAUCCAGUAAAGGAGAGUCUCUGUCUGCAACUUCAUCCAUCCACCACCAUCUCUGACUUGAAAGAAAUAAUCCAGGAAAGACUAAACAUCCAAGCAAAGAAUCAGCAUCUUGUCACUAAGAGGGGCAUUGAGCUUUGUGACACACAGUCUCUGAUUGUGCUUGGCAUUCAGCAAGAUACCAACCUAGAGUUACGUCAAGUUGCUGGGUUGAUGGGCGGUACAAGAAAGCGGAAAUCGGGAAGUGGGCAGGGAAAAACUGUAAAAAUAGCCACAAUACGACUUCAAGAUGAGCAGGAAACAAAGACUAGCUCAGAAUCAAAACAAGAAGAUGUCCCUGAGUCUAUUGAGACUAUUGCUGGCAUGACUGGUUCUUCUACUUGUGCAGUCCAGUCUCAGAAAACUUCUCCUAGAACAGGGGCUAUUCCUAAGAACACAAGGGGAAGGAAAGAACAAAUGAUGAAGCAUCAAUCUCGAGAAGGACUAGCAACUCAACAGAGAGCCUCUACUGAGAAACAAGAUUGCUUAGUCCAGUCCCAGAGAACUUCUCCUAGAACAGGGGCCAUUUCUAAGAACGCAAGAGAAAGGAAAGAACAAAUGAAUCUUCAAUCUCGAGAACGACUUGAAACUCCACAGAGUGUCUCUACUGAGAAACAAGAUUGCUUAGUCCAGUCCCGGAGAACUUCUCCUAGAACAGGGGCCAUUCCUAAGAACACAAGAGGAAGGAAAGAACAAAUGAAGCCUCAAUCUCAAACAACAGCAAAACCUCAUCAGAGUGCCUCGGUCCAGUUACCUGAGGAACCUAAACCUCAUCAGAGUGCCUCAGUCCAUUUGCCUGAGGAACCUAAACCUCAUCAGAGUGCCUCGGUCCAGUUACCUGAGGAACCUAAACCUCAUCAGAGUUCCUUGGUCCAGUUGCCGGAGGAACCUAAACCGCAUCAGAGUGCCUCGGUCCAUUUGCAGGACAAACCUACAUGUAAACCUCAUCAGCGUACCUCAGUCCAUAUGCUGGAGGAACUUAAACCUCAUCAGAAUGCCUUGGUUCAUUUGCCAGAGGAACCCAUACUGCAUCAGAGUGUGUCGUCUACAGCAGGAAUCAUCAAUGAGAUAGCUUCAAACUGUGACUGUAAAGAAAUAGUUCCUACAAUUCACCAAGACCUCGCAACAAGAUCACAAUCAUCUGAUGCGCUUACCUUAUAUCAUCACCAACCACAGGCAAUGGUGAACGACAUGUCAAUCGGAGAGGGUAGUAACGUCUUUAUGGCCCCCGCUUCUGGAAUAACCUUCAAGAAAAAGUUCAUACAACAUGUAUCUGUAACAGCAGUAAUGCCACAUCCCAAUCAUCAAGCCCAAGCUAUUGCAGAUGUGACUAGAGAGGUAUUGAAGCUAGUGGACAUGACUACAGGAGCCCCAUCAAACCCCGAUUCUCAAGGUCAAGCUAUUUCAGAUGAACUUCCAGAGGCAUUGAAGCAAGUUUACAUGAAUACAGGUAGCUUUGUACAGAUGCUCCCAUGGGUUGAUGAUGAUCAGAUGCACAUAAUGGACAUCUACACUAAGCUUGUUUUAGUUGAACAUGUUGACAAGGUAGGGAAGAUUGUGAAACAGAAAAAACGAAUGGAAUCAUAUGGAGACAUUUUCCACUUCAAAACAAGGGAGGGCAAUCCCAUCAAACGUGUUGUUUUUAGUGGAUCGGCAGGUCUUGGAAAGACGACUCUUUGUGACAAAAUCGCUUAUGAUUGGGCAGUUGGUAAGAGUGAGAUACUCAAAAGAUUCAAACUUGUUUUUGUUUUGAAAAUGCGUGAACUGAAAACAAAUUCAGACCUUAUUGAUGCUGUCUUUGAGCAGCUUUUGGACAAAGAGGCUGUAUUAAGGUCUGAAUUAAAAGGGUUCAUUGACAAGAACCAAGACAAAGUGUUGAUCCUCUUGGAUGGGUUUGACGAAUUUCAAACCACUAAGCUAAAAAAGUCCUCAUUUGGUUCACUUCUCAAGGCUCUUAAUCGAAAGCAGUACAAAGAAUGCUGGGUAGUUAUCGCAUCUCGUCCUCCCCUUGACCAACUAGUCAGCUCAUCAUUGGUUGAAAAGCCAUUCACUCAUGUGGAAGUUGAGGGGUUUUCAGCUGAGGAUAUUGAGGAAUAUGUGAAUAAAUUCUUCCCUGAUGACCUUGAGAAUGUUAGGAAGCUGAUAGAGAAGAUACAAUCUUCUGAAGUUUUGUCUGAUUUGGCAAAGAGUCCAAUGUUGCUGCUUCUGAUGUGCUUGCUCUGGAGAGAGUCGGGAAAACUCCCAGACACAAUGACUCGUCUAUACAACGAUGCAUUGAAAUACAUAUUCAGGAGAAAAGCAGAAGACUCACAAGAUGAAAUAUCACAAAUAUUGAUUUCAAUUGGAAAGGUUGCUCUACAUGGUUUAAUUUCUACAGAUCAGUGUCUUUCCUUUAAAGAAAAAGAUUUUGACAAGAAAGCAUUCGAUGCAGCAAUACGUGCAGGUGUUCUCACUAGCGAAAGGGUCUUCAAGAGGCUAGACGUUCAUAACAAUGUGUAUUUUAUACACAAAACUUUCUUGGAAUUCUGUGCUGCAAUGUAUUGGCAAAGUUUAAUCAACACAGAGGAAUUUGAAGACAUCCUUGUCCGGGUUUGCAGUGCCUCAAGUGGAUAUCCUUCUCCAUAUGAGUAUCUGUUAAGGUUUUGUUGUGGUGACAAUGAGGAAUGUACAAACAAAGUCUUACAAAAACUGCAGAAGAAUGAAGACCCAAGGUUGGGUCUUAUUUGUUACUUUGAGAGUCAGUCCAAGUGCUUACCAUCAGAGGAUUUCAUCAAUGCAGUUGUGAGGACUGAAAUUAGAAUAGAUGGGUGGAAUAGUGAUUGUUUGAACGCCUUCUUUCAAUUAGUGAAGCAAAUUGUUAAUCAAACAAACUUCCAAGAUAGUGCCUACCUUUCCAGUGUAAAUCAUCUUUCCAUUACAAACUGUGACCUACAAGGGUUUGGUAGUGGGUUAGCAAAUUGGUGUUUGGGUGGUUGUGCAUCAUUGUGGGCUCCUCCUUUGAAGCAAAUGAACCACCUCAAGAACCUGAGCUUGGCACACUGCCAACUGAUAGGGGAAGACAUGGCCCAUAUUGCUGAAUCAGUUAGUGACAUGCCAACUCUAAUUGAUCUGGACUUGUCUGGGAAUGAAACCUUGGGUGGUUCUGCAUCAUUGUGGGCUACUCAAUUGAAGGGAAUGAAACACCUCAAGAAGCUGGGAAUUGCUUACUGCAAACUGUUAAGGGGAGACAUGGCACCUAUUGCUGAGUCGAUGAGUGACAUGCCAACUCUGAUUGAACUGGAUCUGUCUGGGAAUGAAACCUUGUGUGGUUGUGCAUCAUUGUGGGCUACUCAUUUGAAGAGAAUGAAGCACCUCAAUAAGCUGAUAUUGACAUACUGCGAACUUAAAGGGGCAGACAUGGCCCCUAUUGCUGAGUCAGUGAGUGACAUGCCAAAUCUAAUAGAUCUGGAUUUGGCGGGGAAUGUUACCUUGGGUGGUUGUGCAUCCUUGUGGGGUACUCAUUUGAAGAGAAUGAAACACCUCAAGAAGCUGACAAUGGCAUACUGCAAACUGAUAGGGGAAGACGUGGCCCCUAUUGCUGAGUCAAUGAGUGACAUGCCAAAUCUAGGUGAUCUGAAUUUGCGUGGGAAUGAAGCUUUGGGUGGUUGUGCAUCAUUGUGGGCUACUCAUUUGAAGAGCAUGAAACACCUCGAGAAGCUCAGUUUGGAAAGUUUUAGACUGGCGGGGAAAGACUUGGCAACUAUCGCUGAGUCAGUGAGUGACAUGCCAAAUCUAAUAGAUCUGGAUCUGUCUUACUAUGAAUUGGGGGGUAGUGCAUCAUUGCGGGCUACUUCUUUGAAGAGAAUGAAAUGCCUCAAGAAGCUUACAUUGAAAGGUUGCAGACUGUUAUGGAAUGACAUGGCACCUAUUGCCGAGUCACUGAGUGAAAUGCCAACUCUGAUUGAACUGGAUCUGUCUUGGAAUGUAUUCUUGGGUGGUUGUGCAUCAUUGUGGGCUACUCAUUUGAAGAGAAUGAAACACCUCACUAAGCUGAGAUUGACAUACUGCAAAGUGAUGGGGGAGGACGUGGCCCCUAUUGCCGAGUCGGUGAGUGACAUGCCAACUCUAACUGAUCUGGACUUGUCUGGGAAUGAAACCUUGGGUGGUUCUGCGUCAUUGUGGGCUACUCAUUUGAAGAGAAUGAAACACCUCAAGAAGCUGAGUUUGGAAAGUUGCAGACUGGUAUUGAAUGACAUUGUACCUAUUGCUAAGUCAGUGAGUGACAUGCCAACUCUUGAUCUGGAGAUGUCUGGGAAUAAAACCCUGGGGGGGUUGCGCAUCAUUGUGGGGUCCUCAUUUUAAAAGAGUGAAACAAAUUGAAGACACUGACAUUGACAGGACUGCAGACUGAUAUGGAAUGACAUGGCACGUUUUGCUGAGUCAUUGAGUAACUUGCCAACUCUAAUUGAUGUGGAUCUGCAUCAUUGUGGGCUACUCAUUUGAAGAGACACCUCAAGAAGCUGACAUUGACAUUAUGCCAACUUUUACGGAGAAAGAUAUGGCCCCCAUUUAUUGCUGUUUUUGAGUGACAUGCCAACUGUGACAGAGUGGUGGUUCACUAGUGGAAAUUAUAGUCAUACAUAUGAAAACAUUACCCAUCGCUUCUCAGUUUGAUCUACACUGUCAUCAGGCUGAGACACUCUACUCCUGAAACAGUCUACUCCUGUUGAAUAAAAUGAUGAGUCCAAGUCUCCAUGCAUGGUGGUAGGUCAGACAUCUUUGGUAUUUCUGGUUUGGCAUGCCAUUCACGACAGUAUACAGUCAGGUAUCAGUGGGACUUGGGGUAUCACUGCUCAACAGAAAGUGGAUUUCUUCAGUUCGGCAUGGUCCCUUGGUAAAUGGUUGAUUGGUGAAUGGACUUACUGUCAUAAGGUGGCUGAGAAAGGAAUGUGGGACCACUCUUCCAUCUUGGCUCUUGGCAGACCUCCCUUCUGGUACUUGCCGCAGGUAAUUUCUUUGCUGGAUUGUUAGCAGUGUCCACAUAAUGCCCACAACAGUUUUUAGUUAGCUGGAUUUGUUAGUCAUGGAAGCGAUCAAUUCUGCUUCAUGACAUUCUAGACAUUCUGGUUCAAAGGGAUUUUUUUGUUUGCUGCAUACGCCACAUCAUCAAGAUGACGUACUUCAUGCCUGUCUUCCAGUUGUAAUUGUAACUCUGGACACUAUUGGUAAUUGACAAAGACCAGUCUUCUCACUUGGUGU